UCCUAGAUUCUAUACCCUCUCUCAAAAUUAACCACUGAGCUUCUUGAUCAAGCUUUUGAACAUUUCGAAUCACUAAACAAUGGCGCCCAAACAAUCAACCACAUGUUCAAGUCCAUCAGGCCGAGUAGAAUAUGCAGUCACUAAUCAUGUUGCAUUUCUAGACAAAGAAUCAGUCCAUGCAGACUUCCACCCCCUCAUGGAUUUCUUGAAGAUCUCUCCACUCAGUUAUGCUCUCACCGCAAGCCCGACAAUCUAUGCUGAAAUAGUUCAAGAAAUGUGGAACACUGCAUGCUGCUCUGUUAGUCAAAUCAAACUUAAAAUCAAGGGUAAAUCUUAUGUCAUUACUCCCUCUGUGAUUAAUGAAGCACUUCAUUUGCCUAAUUCUUGCUUUGAAAAUUUGCCUAGUGAUGAGGAGCUUAGUAUAAUGUUGUAUUCUAUCAAGUAUGCUUCGAAGACCUCUCAGUUGGGUCAGAUUAGUAGGAAGUAUCUUAGGAAGGAGUGGUCUUACUUUUUCGACACUCUGACAAGGGUCUUCACGGGGAAAUCUGGUGGAUUUGAUGCGAUUAUUAAGUUUGUGCAGAAAAUUGCGUACAGUUUGAUGUAUAAUAGGACUAUUGACAUUGGAUCUUUGUUGCUUUAUGAAUUCUGUUUCAAAUUAGGCGAGAUGGGAAAGAGAAGUAAAGUUAUCUAUUAUGCUAGGUUUCUUAUGAUAAUUGCUAAUCAUUUAUGUAAGGAACUUAGUAUAAAAGAUAAAGAUGAUACAUUGCAAGUGUUUGUGCAAUCUAAGAUGUUGUUUUCUCUCUUGUUAAAGAACAACAAUAAUGAUAAAGUUCAAUUUGUGCUUCCAAAGCACAUCCGGCUUCAGCUCUCUACUCGAUCUGCUUCUCCCUCACAAAUAAAUUCCCCAUCAGUUCCUGUCGUUGAGGUGAAAAUAGAAUCUCAAUGUGAAACAAAGACCUCCUCAGUCUAUGGUAAAAGAAAGAAAACGGAUUCAGAUGCUACGAUUGUGGAUGGUGAUGAGGGAAAUGAAACGGGAAUGGAGGGAUAUUCACCUCAGAAGAAGAAUAAUGCAAGCACUGUAAAAUCUGAAUUAAGGCGAAUUAGUGAAGAUCCUGAAAUGCCACCUGGUUUCCUAAAAAAUGGGGUAUCAGCAGGGCUUCCUUCUUCUAUGGAGGAAGGAAAGCCAAAAAGUGAGCUUCGUUUUGUGCUUGAACCUACAGUGGAACCAUCUUCCCUAGAAACAAUGCUACCAGAGGAUCGCCAACAUCUUGUCAAUGCAGCAUCUGUAUUAAAAUCUCGGUUGGUGGCCCGUCUCACAAAUGAAGCUAACAACUUGAGCACCGAUUGCAAGAUUACUCUGGCUAAUAGGUGUUACUAUGCACUGCAUGAAUUAGGUGAUGAUUAUACAUUAUUUAGGAGUAAAGUGGAUAAACUAAUUGAACAACAAGAAGAGCUUGAAUCUUUUUUGAGAGAGAAGGAAAGUUGGAAUGACAUGGUCAUAAUGGAUCGAUAUGAUGAGCAAGUGAUGAACGUGUCUGAUGUAACGAAGAAAGUAUCCAAUGCAGAAGACAAAUUGUCUAAAGCCAAGACUAAUGUUGGUUCUAUAAAGUGUAAAAGAGAAGAGCUGACAGUUGCAUUACUAAAGCUACAGGAAGAGCUGCAUGAGGAAGAAGAAAGAGUCAAGAUUCUGACAGCAGAGUGGGAUCGAUACAAAGAGGCUCAAUCUGAUGCUGAAGCGGAACUCAGGAAAUUGGACAGAGAAAAAGAGAAGGCUCGUGUAGCAUUCAAGGCGAUCAAUGACCAAUAUAACACUGCCAAGGAAAAAUGUGAAAAAUUGUAUAAUAAGCUGCUGCAGUUAUCAAGAAGCGACAAGAUAAUCGCUGCCACCGGUGAGGAGCUUGCCACAGGGGAGAGUGAAAGAGAUAGCACAUGAAAUUGCCUUUGGAUAUGAAAAUGGGUCAAUUCUUGGUGUCUUGGUACAAUAUGUUUCAUAUUUUGUGUUGAUCAUUGAUAUACUAACCGUAAACUUUAAAUUGUGAUUAUUAUGACCUGUAGUGAUAGUACCAUCUACAACAUUCCAUGCUUUCUGAAACUCGUACUCAGCUGUUGCUUCAUUGCAUAUUACCGUGCUCUUAAACCUCCUUUUACAAUGAAUGUGUGCUUAGAAAUGAUAGCUAAUGAAAACAAAUUCUUAUGCUUUAAACCACUAAUUAGCACUUCAGUUUACAAGCAUGGUUAGAAUCCCAUGCAUCACGAUCAUAUAAUUAAAAACGCAUAUUUUUGUGUAUUAUUCAUUGAUAAUUACUUGAUGGUAACAUUUUCAAAUUUUCUCACAGUGAUUAAUGUAUUUUAGAACUGAGUUUUCUGUCGGAGUAACUAGCAAGUUCUCCCUGUUACCCAGAUCUGGUGUUAGCAUUA